GCCAUUGGGUGACCCUUGAACGGGCACACUGGCAUAGUUCGGUCAGUCUCGUUCUCAUCGGAUGGUACUCGCAUCGCAUCUGGUUCGGACGAUAACACCGUGUGGCUUAUGAAAGUGCCGCCAUCCCCCGAGUCCACAGAGUCAGAUCCCUCUGCAUCUCCACCGCAUGGAAGUGCCGCAUCUCUUACUCAAGAAAGUCGUAUCACCCCAAUCAACACUUAUGACCAUCCCCCCAUUUCCUUCUCUCCCUGUGUGAAACACGCCUUGCCCAACUCUGCUGACUUGCUCGAACCCACCUCUGAUCAUCAUUCUAAUUCAUCCCCUUUCUUGCUCCAGCCCGAUGGAUGGAUCAUGGGACCCAAAUAUGAGCUCCUUUUCUGGGUACCUCCCGGGGCCGCUUCCCGACGCUUGUUUUAUUCUCCCGACACUGCAAUGGUGAUUCCGAGAGGAGGCGUUGAGCUUGAUUUGAGCUCCAUGGCACAUGGCAUGCGCUGGUCGAGUUGCCGAGACGCUUCCACGUAACAAUGAGUUUAUUGCUGCAAAAUUGAGUGUACCAUUUAAUUCUAUGAUUGCCUUCCUAAGAGACUGCAAUGUUGCUGCUUAUUCGUAGCGAAAACGGAAACGCCCUGUGUCACAGGUGCUUCGGUAUUCCUGAUCUCAUCACCAUCAAUCUCGAUCCAAGUGUGUGUGAUGAAGCGGCUCAACCCCGCACAUACAAAGACAUAAGGACGUGCUGGCGCAUCGGCAAAACUUGGCAAAGUGGCCUCAACCUAAUGAUGAUGCUACCUGCGACAACGCCGCUCAGAUCUACCCCACUGACUAAUGAUGGAGCCUAU